CGCGCCCCUCUCCUUCCCCAGGAGCGCCCCGACGGGCUGGGCGCAGCGACUGGCGGGGCCCGCCUGUCGUCCCUGCCCCAGGCGGCCUACGGGCCGGCGCCGCCACUCUGCCACACGCCGGCCGCCGCCGCCGUUGACUUCCAGCCGCCCUACUUCCCGCCGCCCUACCCGCAGCCGCCACUGCCCUACGGCCAGGCGCCCGACGCCGCUGCCGCCUUUCCCCACCUGGCCGGGGACCCGUACGGCGGCCUGGCACCCCUGGCACAGCCGCAGCCUCCCCAGGCCGCCUGGGCCGCGCCCCGCGCCGCCGCCCGCGCCCACGAAGAGCCACCCGGCCUGCUGGCGCCGCCCGCCCGCGCUCUGGGCCUCGACCCGCGCCGCGACUACGCCGCCGCCGUGCCCCGGCUCCUGCAAGGCCUGGCCGACGGGGCGCACGGCCUGGCCGACGCGCCCCUCGGCCUCCCAGGGCUGGCGGCGCCGCCCGGCCUAGAGGACCUGCAGGCCAUGGAUGAGCCGGGAAUGAGCCUUCUGGACCAGUCUGUGAUCAAGAAAGUUCCCAUCCCCUGCAAAGCCAGCAGCCUCUCGGCCCUCUCACUGGCCAAAGACAGCCUGGUUGGUGGCAUCACGAACCCCAGUGAGGUCUUCUGCUCCGUGCCAGGCCGGCUCUCUCUGCUCAGCUCGACAUCCAAGUACAAGGUGACGGUGGGGGAGGUCCAGCGGCGGCUCUCACCUCCCGAGUGCCUCAAUGCCUCCCUCCUGGGCGGUGUCCUUCGCAGGGCCAAGUCCAAGAAUGGAGGCCGCUGCCUGCGUGAACGGCUAGAGAAGAUUGGGCUCAAUUUGCCAGCUGGCCGUCGCAAGGCCGCCAAUGUGACACUUCUGACUUCACUGGUGGAGGGAGAGGCCGUGCACCUGGCCCGAGACUUUGGCUACGUCUGUGAGACUGAGUUCCCAGCCAAGGCAGCUGCCGAGUACCUGUGCCGACAGCACGCUGACCCCGGGGAACUGCACAGCCGCAAGAGCAUGCUGCUGGCCGCCAAGCAGAUCUGCAAGGAGUUUGCAGAUUUGAUGGCUCAGGACCGCUCACCACUGGGCAACAGCCGCCCAGCACUCAUCCUGGAGCCCGGAGUACAGAGUUGCCUGACACACUUUAGCCUUAUCACCCAUGGCUUUGGUGGGCCCGCCAUCUGUGCUGCCCUUUCUGCCUUCCAGAACUACUUGCUGGAGUCACUCAAGGGGCUGGACAAGAUGUUUCUAAGUGGUGCAGGCAGUGGGCAUGGUGACACCAAGGCUUCAGAGAAGGAUGCCAAGCACAGGAAAUAAAUGCUUCUUCCACUGCCUCAUCCCAGAGCGUUUCCCAAGGCCUGAAAUGAGGCCUUAGUUCCUGGGGGUGGGCCCGAAAGGAUUAAAAGGUGGAGCUUGAAUCAGGCCAGAAAGAGAACAUUCAUCCAGAGACCGUGGGUGAGAGGGAGAGGGGGAGGUGGCCUCUCUGCGAUGGUUUGUUGGUAAGUUAAGGGCCCAGAUGUCUGUCGCAUGGGUGCAAUUUUCUGACCCUUGAUUGCUGACAAGUGCUUGGACAGGGAAUUGGCAUGGAGAAGCCUGGUUUUGUGGCUGAGCCCUGUGUCUCAGGGCACCUGGGCGGCGGUGGAUUCUCCUAGAGGCCAAAACCUUGCUGUUUUUACUGAUGGCAGGAGGGAAAUU